AUGGCGACAACUCUGAUGAACGAUUACGAUUUCUUCUCAUUUUCAAUUCCACCAUAUUCUUCAGUUGGAUUUGACAGUGAGGAAAAGUUCUCAUUCCUUCUGGUGCUUUACUGCCUCAUUUGCCUCCUUGGAGUCUCUGGCAACGGACUGGUCCUGUGGAUAGCAAUUCACGAGGUGAGGAAGACAGUCAGUAUGAUCUGGGUCUUGAACCUCUCACUGGCUGACUUCACCUUCACUGCUCUGCUGCCUUUUACCAUUGCCCAUCAGGCCCUGGGUCUCCAUUGGCCAUUUGGAAGCUUCAUGUGCAAGCUCCUCAGUUUUGUCAGCCAGCUAAACAUGUUUGCCAGUGUCUUCACUCUGAUGGUGAUCGCCCUGGACAGGUGCAUCUCUGUCACCUUGCCGAUUUGGUCACAGAACCAUCGGACGGUGAAAUUGGCAGUUGGGGUGUCAUUAGUUGUGUGGAUCUUGGCCGUGGUCCCCAGCAUUCCCUUCUUCCUGAUCCGGAAAACCAUGGAAAAUGAGGAAGGGAUAAUAUAUUGUUUCUACUGUGAGGAUAGGUACAGCCUCAGCUCCUUAGUACUGGCGAGGUUUACCCUGGCUUUCUUAAUGCCCUUUCUCACAAUUGCUGUUUGUUAUUGGAUCAUCACAGUCAAGGUGAGACAGAAGUGGAGGAGAUCAUCGGUCAGAUCGCGUAGGAUCACCUGCAUGAUCAUUUGGGCGUUCUUCAUUUGCUGGCUACCCUUCCAUGUGCUGUACCUUGUACACGCAACCACCAACCAACAACUUGUCACCAUCCUCCCCCUGGCCACCUGCUUUGCCUACGCCAACAGCUGUAUCAACCCCAUGCUCUACAUGUACGCUGGCCGUGGCUCCUGCAUUCAGAUCAAGAAGCGGAUCCAGAUCAUGCUGAAGCUUUUCCAUGAGGAGAUGAGCAACAGUGGAUCCAAGUCCGAGUCGAGGCCAAGCAGGGCCAUGCUGUGA